ACGACUGCAAAGCAAAACAACUGUCAAAAUAUUUUUUUUUUGUUGGAAUAAGAACAAAUGGCGGAUGUUUGUUUUUAAAGCCUUGACCGCGUUCAAUUUUUUCAUCCGAUCCAUCAAAAUAAUUUUCAUUCGCAUUAAAUUUAAUAAAAAAAAUUAACUAGUAAAUCAAUUUAUAUUAAUUAAUUAAAAACAUUUGUUUUAUAAGAAUUUUUUAUAACAUCACAAAAAAACAAAAAAUAUGUCGAGAACUACAGCUGGGCAAUGGGUAAAAUUUUUCAAUGCAGCUGGUGUUCCAUCGCCAAUGGCAGCCAUGUAUGCACAUAUAUUUGUUGAAAAUCGCAUCCAAAUCGAUAUGCUGAUGGAUUUAAAUAAGGAAUAUCUUCGUGAAAUGGGAGUGACGUUAAUGGGUGAUAUUAUAGCUAUUUUAAGGCAUUCAAAACGUGUAAAUGAGCAAACAGCUAGAGAAAAGAUUCUCUCGGCAGAACAUCAGCCAUUGCCAGUGGCGGCUGUUGUCGCAAAUCCCGUUGCACCUGAGCGAAAAUCUACAAAAAUUUCUAUAAGCAAUAAAUUCACACCAUCAAUCAACUCGGAAGUUGUACCACUUCCCAAAACUCCUCGCCGAGUUCUGCCCGAACACGAAGGCAAGUAUACAGUCAAACUGCCAUCUGGCACAACCGAACGCAGUAAGGAAAUUCUAGCCAAAAAAGCCAUGCUCUAUGCAGACAAAGAAGCUUCUGGUAAGCCAAAAAUCUUUGAUCGUCUCUCGCGAAGCAUGAACAUCGAUUUCGAAGAUCUAACUAUGCCGAGCAAGAUAAAAAAAUCAUCAACAUCAGUGCACACCGAUCAGAAAGUUAGAAUCACUGGAAUCGGUAGCAAACCAUUAACCUCGACGUCAUCCUCGUCCAUCUUUUCUCGAUUGGGUGGCAAAUCAGAGCCUGAUUAUGAAGAAACAUCAUCUUCAGAGCAUCAUCAUCACAUUAAGCCAAUUUUAAAGAAAUCAUCAAAAGCUAGUAGUUCCUCUGGAUCGAUGUCAGCCAUAUCGAAAGCAAAAUCACAAAAAGUCCUGCUAGUUAAAAAAGUUCCAAUUAAAUUAGAUUCGGAUUACUCGUAUGACUCGGAUGAUGAUGAUGAUGAUGUUCGAAUGGACACAAGCGGCGAUAAAAUUGUCAAGUUUGCAUCCGAAGCUGAAGUUCGAGAGAUUGCUCCUCGUGUUGUCUCUAUUAAGCCUAAAAAUCGUCUAACUACUUGUUCUAAUAUGAAAUCUCGAAUGGGAUCUGGGAUGCAUGCUGAUAGAAUUCAUCGAACAGCAAAGCCAGUUAAACUAAAAUACUCGCCGCCACAAAUGAAAAUUAGUCCUAAUAAAGCUCAAGCGAUUCGUAUGAAAUCUGAUGAGCUAUUAAGAACAGAGAAACCAGUUUAUAGUCGAUUAGGAAUAUCAUCGCCUGUGCGGAGUGGUCUAUCGAAACUUACAAAUCGAAUUGGUCGAGUUAGUUUGGCCAGCAAUUCGAAAUCACAAACUUCGACGAGUUCAUCAUCAUUAUCAUCAUCAUCGUCGAGGAAAAAGACUCCUAGCAAUAAAAGUGGAAGCGUUUUCGAGAGAUUAGGAUUUUCUCGUUAGAGACAAAUGCGAACAGCUAAACUCUAAGCUCCAGAAGUUCUAUUUUUUUUUUUCAACAACGAAAGGAAAGAACUAUUACUUGUAGGAUAGCUGGAGUAGAGCAGUUGAUUGAUUUUUGGGCGCAAGUUCAUUAGUUGAAAACCAACCAGUUUGUAUGUGUGUUUGACUUAAAUAUGCUCUUUUUUGUGACUACAAAGUAGUGUGACCGUAAAUAAAUAAGUAAAAAAAAAUAAAUAUUUUAAUUCAGUAAUAACAGUAAAAA